AUGCAGCUCAUCAUCAGCGCUGCGGCUUGUCUUGGGACAAUAGGAAUAAUCGUUCAGGUUCACUUUCCUAAAUCAAAGAGUGGCCUUCCUCUCCCACCAUCCCCUUCUAAGGCUUGGGGACUUCGUGGACACUUCCUGCCGCCUCGCAACCCAUUUGUCACUGUAGCGGGAUGGAUUGACGAAUAUGGUCCUCUAAUUACCGUCCGGUCAAGAUUUGAGAAUAUCGUUAUUAUCGGCCGUUACCAAGCUGCGGUAGAUAUCAUGGAGAAUCAAGGCAAAUCGUUGGCUGAUCGCCCUCGCAAGGUUGCUGUUGGAGAAAUUGUUGGUGGCGGACUCAGCAUCGCCUUUACACCCUUUGGGGAAAGGUUUCGUCGCAUGCGUAGAGCACUCCAUACGCAUCUUCAGCCUAAUGCAGCUAAGACUUAUCAGCCCCUGCAGAUGUCACACGCGAAGACCGCUGUGCUCGACAUCCUUGAUGAUCCAUACAACUUCCAGAACCAUGUGACAACUUAUGCUGCCACGACAAUUAUGAAAGUUGCAUAUGGGAAGACUACGCCCACAUCUGCGAGUGAUCCUGAAGUCAUUGAGAUUAACCAAAUCAUCUCGAUGUUUAGGCCAAUCUUGCGCCCUGGUGCUUAUCUGGUGGACACGAUCCCUUGGCUCAAAUACCUUCCUUGGUAUGGUCGAGACUUACAGCUGAUGUGUGAGAGGCAAAUGAAACUCAACAUGGACCACCUGAACCGCGUGAAAGAACAACUGCAGAGUAAUGUGGACAUCGGCCCUUCGUUCGCGAAACAUAUGCUAGAAGGUAGCGAUCGCUUUGAUUUGACAGAGGCUGAAACGGCCUCGCUUGCUGGUACCUUUUUUGCAGCUGGAUCAAGUACGACUUCUGCAGCGAUAUGCACGGUGCUCAUGGCAGCCGCUUGUUUCCCGGAGGAGCAAGCUACAGUUCAGACAGAGCUCGAUGCGGUCAUCGGAAGGCACCGAGCGCCGACCUUCGCCGAUCAAGAAUCCCUUCCCCGCCUCCACGCCUUCAUUGCUGAGGCUUUAAGAUGGAGACCCUUGACUCCCAACGGAGUGGCUCACCGAACGACCAGAGACGUGAUUUGGGCAAGUAAUGGAAACUAUUGUAUUCCAGCGGGGACUACCGUAUACGGCGACCAUUGGGCCAUUUCCCGAGAUCCAGAAGUCUACCCUGAGCCUUACGCAUUCAAGCCUCAGCGCUGGGUCGAUGAUCGAGGUCGCCUGAGAGACGACCUAAAAUUCUUUGUCUACGGGUUUGGUCGGCGUAUAUGCCCUGGUCAACAUGUUGCGAACAGAUCGGUGUUCAUCAACUCGCUCCUUAUUCUUUGGGCCUUCCGGCUUGCUCUAGAUCCUACGAAGCCGUUGGAUGACAUGGGGUACAUGAACGGGGAGAUGUCAAAACGGCCGUGCACGAUUGAGUUUAAGACGAGGAUUUCUGAAAUGGAGAUCAAGCGCAUAAUGCAGAAUUAUCCUGAGGUUGCACGAGAAACCUUAACGCUUGGAUGA